AUGCAGCAUCCGGACGAUAGAAAUUCUGCUUGGCUUCCAAAAUUGAUAGUUUUAUUUGGUUUAUUUCUGGCUUGCAGUGUUGUGUUGCUGCUGCCUUUCGAUGCUUCCGUCUCGCAGGCUUGCGGAACAGACGCUCAGUGUCCAGCCUCCGCUGGGUUGGCACAGACUUGGUACACAGUGCUAAUCAUGAUUGCGAUCAUGACGUUCGUCUUCAUUCCCCUUGCGUACUUCUGGUACGAAACGGACGAUGAAGAGCCGAUGGGAACAAGGAUCUGCACUACCGUCUGCUGGUCAACUGUAAACUUGUUUGUAUUCGUAAGCAUCUUGCUCGGGAUGUACUUUAGCGUGGGAUAUGUUGAGUUGCCUGUGCUGGUAAUGCAACCUUAUUCGAAGACCAACACGACGUAUCUGUAUACUCCCUCAUCACAACGGCCUGCUUGGAGUGCUGUACAGUCCAUCACUGUGUACUCUGCCAUUCAAACGAUUCAGACAUCGCUGGUUAUUUACGUUUUGGCGCUCCUGAGCUUCAUUGGCUGGAUGCUCAUGACCGUUUUUGGAGGAAUUGGGCUGGUUGCGCUUCCGAUAGAUUUGAUCGGCGAUUGGUACAAUCGGCCCAGACCCAUUGACCUGAAACAGUUUGCGGAAAAAAAGCUUCAGUUGAAGAAACGGUGUGAAGAAUUGAUUCAGGUUGGAAAGGAGACGAGAGAUAAGUUCAGAGGCAGGCCAAACAGAUUUAAGGGGCUCGCUGGCCCGUACUUGAGCAAUGUUUUCUUGAAGUUGUCCGAUGCUUUUCCUUUAUUUGGCAUCGUUGCAUACGGGGUGUUCGCUUUCUACAUUCUUAUCUGUUGUGUCAAGGGUUCAAUCAAGUUUGCUGGGCGAUUUUUCCUGAUAUCUGUUCACCCUCUCCGACUGAACGGCACCAUGAUGAACUCAUUCUUGUUCAAUGUCGGCCUCAUCCUCAUCUGCUCCGUGUCGUGCACACAGCUGUGCACCACAGCCUUCAAGGGGUAUGUCUACAACUCCUCCAUUUCCCAGCUCUUUGUCAGUCAGAUCCAGUAUCUCAAGAUCCUCUCUUACUUCUACUCCGUCCAAGUCCCUGUGUUCUACUCUUUGAUGUUCGCAGUCUCGUUCUUGCAGCUCUUCUUGAGCAUCUUUAGCAUCUGCUUCUGCGCAAAGAAGCAGGCGGAAACCGUGCAAGACGCCAUGAACGCACUUCGUCAGGAACGAGCGUAG